CAGCUUUCAAUAUUUAAACAGUUGGGAAGGUCUUUCCGUCACAUACGUAGCGAAGGGGAAUAGAUAAGUGCAGCUUUACGACAGACUGUUCUCUGUACCAGACAGACGGUUACGAAAGGCUCCUGUCACAACCCGCCUGCGCCAGCCACGCACUCCGCCUGCCCUUUUCUCCUCCAGCUCAGUUCUUCCGAAAGGGUGUGACUGCGAUAGACUGAGGAAAAGCGCCAGCGUUAAGUCGUCCUUUGCCACUCGAAAGAGGAUUAAGUAGCGGCAUAUCAUUUCUAGGACCCAGCAAGCCGACCCGUCAUCCCUGGUGAAUCUCAGCGUCUGUCGACCACCAUGCAGAUUCAAUGUGCACAGGUAUUCCGUGUGUGCGGCAUCGCAUCUUUCGUGGUUUUCUGCGUGCUGUAUGGGUCCUAUCAAUAUUACUACAACUACUAUGGAUACUACGGAUACGGAGACUCGCAAUCUUCGAAUGACAUCGACUCGGAGCCAGGUCUACCCGAUCUCGUCCCCGAUGCCUACGUGAUCCAAGUAUCGGCCUACUUGGACACCCAGCCGAUGUCGACGCUUCAGUGUGCGCUGUCUGAGAACUGUCUGGCAAGAUCGGCAUGGAACGCCGACUUGAGCGACGAGAGGAAGCUCCUCAGGUUCGCACUGAAGACAGAGAACAGGGGAAAGGGAGAGUUCAACCCAGAACUCCCUCGCCGCUACUGGGUCUGGCACUCCUGCCAUCAACACUACCACAGCAUGGACGCCUUCUCGUACUACGACCUGCUGGACAAGAACACGGGCGGGCAGGCCGCGGAGGGGCACAAGCCGAGCUGGUGCCUGGAGAACACGGGCUGCGGCUACACCAGCAGGAGACCGGUCUCGUACAACUGUCACUGGGGCACACAGGGCAUCUCCAGUGGUUGCUGGGAUACAUACACCUCCGAUCUGGACUGCCAGUGGAUAGAUGUGACCGAUGUGACGCCGGGAUUUUAUAUCAUGGAGGUAGCCGUGAACCACCACCGACGGGUUAUAGAGUCGGACUACUCCAACAACAGGGUCCGCUGUGACGUCAUACUGGAGAAGUCCACCGCUUAUGUCUAUAACUGCAUCAACACGGACCUACAAGGCCUUGGACAACUAUACCGCUGAUUGACAGGUAUUGAAGAUCCCGCUCCUACCACGGACGACCCCUACCGACACCUCGCGAGAAUGCAACAUGUCAGCUUUCACUAUAGUAUGCCCGUGUGCCCGUGAAGCGAUUAGGAGGUCUUUAAUGUGUCUUAUUGCUUAAAAACUUAUGCAAACUCGAAUCAAAAUAAAAGGAUGGUGCUAUUAACGUUUGGUGCUAGAUAAUUGUAAGUUUGACAUAAAAGUGUCGUCACAAACGGAGGAAAGAAAACGUACGAGAGGUAAACGUUUAACUAAAAUGCUCCUUUUUAUCAUCAAACUUGAAACAAUAUUUAAGUGUUGAAAACGUUGUCCUCUAUUACAGCACAUAUACCUAGGUGCUGAUGAAAUCUAUCACUGACCAUGAAGUAACGAUUCUUUCAUAAGAAGCAAUGAUAGAAAUGUCUCCUGGACUUGCCGAUUGGAGGUCUGUCUUUUUUAACAAGAGACAUCUCCUUUCAUAGCUCGUAACGAUAAAGAGUGAUUAUCAAUUGCACAUAACACUAAUUUACUAAGCAAUGAUUUCAAUGCUGCUGAAACGAUGAAAAGACAAACAUCUUUGUUAUGAUAAGAAUACCAUUCACAACGAGAAUUGUAUACAGGGGCGUUGAUUGUAUUCUUGUAUAUGUACCUGAUAUGUAUAUCAGCGCUAAAACAAUGGAUAACGUAUUUCUGGACGCAACAUAUUCAUGUACAUAUGCACAUAUGUUACGGAUGUAAUCAUAUUCGAUCAUCGUAUCAACCAAUAUGCCUUUAUUUGCCGACGCGGGAAUAUAUUUUCUGGAUCAGAACAUUUAAUUACAUGCAUUUGAUUUGUCACAUAAGCGCAAGUUCAAAUAAACAUUGAUAAAUGAUAA